GAGCUAACAGCGAAUAUCAGGUCGGCUACUGUUAAGUACCCCUCAGGAAGGAAAAGGGUUAAAGGGGAGCUGAUGGACGGAAGAGGAAGAAUAAUUUGCCAGGGUACAGGCAUCAAGGAAGAUUGAAACACUGAGGCAGAAAGCGAGCAAGUGUUCAGUGCCGACUGCCAGCCUCUCACUCCCUGCUGACAGAGGACGGUGGCUGCCUGUAUGAGCCCCUCACUUGCUGCUCCCAAGUGAUUGGCCAUGGCAGCUCCCGUCGUGGUAGUUUCCCAACCGCAGAUGAGCACCACAACCACCACGGUGGUUAGCAAUUCAAGACAAGGCUGGAGUACCGGCAUCUGUGACUGUUGCGACGACUGCGGCAUCUGUUGCCUUGCUGUCUGGUGCUUUCCUUGCUUCAUGUGUAAGACGGCUGACGAAUUUGGAGAGUGCCUCUGCCUCCCACUGCUGGAGCUGUGCUUUAACGGCUGUGGCUACGUCUCGAGUACAAUUCCACCGAUCUCCCUCGUCAUGCGAUCAGCCACCCGUGAGCGCUACAACAUCCCGGGAUCCAUCUGCAAUGACUGCUGCAUUAUGUACUGGUGCCUCUCGUGCGGCUGGUGUCAAAUCGCCAGGGAGAUAAAGCAACGCAAGCAGCAGGUGACCGUAAUCAACGCCACCACCUCCAUGUUGCCUCACCCGACCUACGUGCCCCAGCCUAUGUACGCAGCCCAGCCUUCCAAUCAGGUGGCCCCUCAGUACCCACAGUAAAGCUGUGUGUUUGGGCUGAGAAAAUGAUCUAUGCAGAGCAAUAGAAGUUUGAAAUAAUGUUUAUUGGAUUGCACUCUCCCCAUAAGACACGGACCAGUUUCUCUCAGUCCCUCUCUCUCAGGAGAUAUCUGUACACUGACCGGUGUCUCUCAGUCCCUCUCUCUCAGGAUAUCUGUACACUGACCAGUGUCUCUCAGUCCCUCUCUCUCAGGAUAUCUGUACACUGACCAGUGUCUCUCAGUCCCUCUCUCUCAGGGGGAUAUCUGUACACUGACCGGUGUCUCUCAGUCCCUCUCUUUCAGGAUAUCUAUACACUGACCGGUGUCUCUCAGUCCCUCUCUCUCAUGGGAUAUCUGUACACAGACCGGUAUCUCUCAGUCCCUCUCUCUCAGGAUAUCUGUACACUGACCAGUGUCUCUCAGUCCCUCUCUCUUUCAAGGAGAUCUGUAUUUGUGGAUUUGAUUGUAAAAGUGAACUCUGAUUAGUUAGAGCCCGCUGUAUUGCAAAGAACUCUCCCAGCUUCAAACAGGCUAUCUACGUGAAUCCUCUACCCCAACGUGCAUUGGGCAGAACAAAAUCUCGAUCUCGCUGCAAGAGAGUCCAAAACAUUUGGAGGGUAGAACCCACACACACAGGCACUUGAUCACUCACAUACACUUACCCAGACACACAGAGACGCAGAUGACACACACAUAGUGCAUACACACACACACAUAUAUUCUCCUCCAUUAUGUCAUGUUUAAGUUUGGAGAAAAUCAGAAGUCGGACAUUUGAUACAUCUUUUAAAUUUGAGCAAACGUGGCAAACCUUUUAUUCAAUAUUUUCAUAUGAUCUAAUUCUUUUUACUUUUUCGGUUAAUCUUUUUUUACUUCACCAUGAAGUUUUAGAUUUGACCAGAAGGAUAUUUCCAUUUUUUAAAAAUUAUAUUCUCAAAAUGGACUGCCCAGUUCCUUUUUCUUUGUUUUAGGCUAGUUUAGUGGGUUUUUUCUCUUCUCAUAAUAGAAGUUUUUGAGUCUUUUUUUCUAUAAAUUGUUAAGAGGAGUUGUUCUUUUUUUCCUUUAUAUUAGCUUAUUACUAUACUAUAUAUGAUUGUGACAGUGUAUAUUUCUUUCCUUGUACUAUUUUUGAAAUAUGUAUUUGAGAUAACCUCCUCUGACUUGUACUUAUCCUUAUUCUUUUAAAUCAAUAAAAAAAGAUUGAAAAUGAA